AGACACAGUGGAGAGAGAGAGAGAGAGAGAGCUUUUACUGGUUGUCUAGAUACGUUUCUUCUCCAACAAGUGCCACUUCCAUAUCUACACCCAUAUAUACAUACGCACGCACUCCCGAUCAAAUCUCCAUUUCUAGGGUUUCGAAAUGCGGACGAAAGAUGGAGACUUUUGAAUCAAUCACCACCAGUUCUGAUCCCAAACCCCGAUCGGACGAGCAAUCUCUCGAUUUCGAUGGUUUAACGGUGGAAUCUUUGUCUCAGAAGUUAGACAACGUAGGGCUGGGAUCGAACGAGGGCCAGAACAUCAACGGCAAUGAUCGGGGCGGCGUGUUGCACCCACUCCGGCCUCACGCCGAGGAUUGCCCGCAUUACGUUCGGACGGGGACGUGUAAGUUUGGGCUGAAUUGCAGGUUUAAUCACCCUGUGACUGUGAGAAGGGCAAAUCAGAAAUGGGGGAAAGAGAAGGAGAAAGAGAAGGCCAAGGAGGGGGUUUUGGAGAAACCUGAGAAUAUAGAAUGCAAGUAUUACCUCACAGCAGAAGGGUGCAAAUAUGGAAAAUCCUGUAGAUACAAUCACUCCAAAGCUGAAGCGGAAAUUGCUCCUCCGGAGCUCAACUUUCUAGGUUUGCCAAUUCGAUUGGGAGAAAAAGAGUGUCCUUUUUACAUGAGAAAUGGUUCCUGUGGAUAUGGACCUCGCUGCAGGUUUCACCAUCCUAAUCCUACUGGUGAUGGAGGACAUGACCCUAAUAGCUCACCACGGAAUGACGAAUGUAGUGGUCAAUUUAGCCUUCCUGCAAUACAUUAUAAUGGGGAAUCUAUUCCAUUGAAUGCAUCAGGGGCAUCACACCCAGCUCAAGCAUCGUGGUCAACGCAUGUGCUAUCUGAUAAAGCUGUUCCAUAUUACCAAGAGAACCACUCGGCCUACAUGUCUACGAUGCAUUUCCUUCCUCAAGAGGCUCUUCCAACUCCUGAAUGGAAUGGGUACCAGGCCCCCUAUUUUCCAGAUGAAAGCACAUGGCAUAUUUUAUCACUUCCAGCGGCGAAGGAAACCUAUAUCUCUAGCCAGGUUGAAGAAUACCCAGAACGACCUGGUGUACCCGAGUGUGAUUUCUUCAAGAGAACUGGGACUUGUAAAUAUAAAUCUGCAUGUAGGUAUCACCACCCCAAAAACCAAGCUCCAAAAGCAGAUUGUGUUCUGAAUGACAAGGGCCUGCCUCUAAGACCGGGCAGGAAAAUUUGCCGGUAUUAUGAACAGUUGGGUAUUUGCAAGUUUGGGCCUGCCUGUUUAUUCGACCAUCCGGUGAAUCAAAACUCAACUUUCCUAGUUCGGCCUCCAAUAAGGUAGCAAGUUUGCAAAUCUUGGAGGGAUUAUGGUGACAGGCGAUUAAGGCAACGCUGUAUAAUCCAGCUUUUUGCAUAGAGUUUUGCUUCCGUAUCCCAAGUAAGCCUAAUAGUAGGAAACCUUUUUCAUAAAUGUUCCUUCAGCUUCUAAAGAAUAACCAAGCUAUUGUGCAUUGGAUGGAUCUUUCUUAACUUUAUUAGUAAGCGUUUAUAAUUAUCUCAUGAGGCGCAAGGCGCCUGUGACUAGGCCAUCUAUGUAUCUUUUACAACUUAAUACAAUGAGGCUCACAAAAAUCAUUUUUGUUAUACAA